UAUGAAGCGAGAGUAUGUUUACAGCAUCAGAUAUACAUUCUGCAGCGUUCGCGACGUCAUUGGUCCAUUGCGCCAGUUCAGUUCUCUGCCAGAAUCCUUAUCGAUUGUAUACUCACGAAAGUAUAAAAUUGUAUUUCCAAAUUUUGUUUUAUUGGGACAUAAUCUUAUUUUUUCUGAGUAAUUUUUUUUAGCCAAUUGUUUUGCAUACAUUAUUUUUUACAUCGGACCAACAGGAAUUCCGUUGCUUUAUAAUACCAUACUUCGAGACUGUCUCGGCGAGUUAUUUAAAGCACCUCGCGAUAUAUUCGCGUAGAUAUAUUUGGUACGCCUAGUUUUAAAUAACCGCUACGUGAAGCCCUACUCAAUGCGAAUGUCUCGUGCGCAAAGUAUUUAUGAAAAAACCGAAAUAACAGAAGUUGGAAUAGUAGCCAGUGUGAUUUGGUGAUUAUCUUGUAAGUUUUUACUGUGUUUCUCAAUUAAGCUGUGCGAUCGAUAGAAAUAGCAACUCAAUUACAUAAUGCAGUUUUUAGUUCCGCGUUUUAUUAUUGCACAUUGUCACACAGUAAAAUGUUCGAUAAUCUCGAUAAUAAAAAACAGUGCAUCCGACAAUUUGUAAAGUAAUGAUCCGUAAAAGCAUUACUUGUACAAACGCUGUAUUGGACGAUAAUACUGUAGGUCUGUCUUUUAACGUGGAAUGUAUGAUGUACCGUUUUAUCGGAUGUGCUUCAUUCACGCUCGUACGUUUUACAUUAUGUCUGAUGUCGCACUUGUUUAAAUAGCACGUAUCUUAAUAGGAUAAUGCCUGGAUCAAUAGACUUGAUAGUGUCCACAGCGUACAUCGGUGUCACGAUUUGGCUAGCAUAUUGGCUAAGGUUGUAUGCGCUAUUUUAUCUUGGUUCGUAUCCCCUCACGAGGACUCUGGUCCUCGAAUUCAUAGCUACGGCAGAACUUUGCGGGGCAUGUUUCGAGCUCAUUAUAAUUGCGGACAAUUGGGGAGUGUGGAUGUACGCGCUUUAUUUAUUUCUACUAACGAUCUGGUGGUCGGCAAACUGGGAUGACGCUUCGGCGUGUCCUUACACGCAUAUGGAGGAUGUGGUAAUACGUAAAAAGCCCCUGACUGUCGCGUUUUUGUCGAUAUGCGCGCAAUUGGCCGGCGGUCUUUUUAUAUUCAAGUACAUCCGAAUGUUGUGGGCGUUCCAAUUCGCUUCUACGCACAAGAACAGAGCCUACGGCGAUUGCACUACAGAUCUGCAGGUGUCCGCUGUAACUGGAGCGAUUGUGGAGUGCAUUGCAACAUGCAUGUGCAGAGUGGCAUCCCGCGUGCUGGGUGACUUGAACCCGAGAUUUAGUACGGUUAUCGAUGCCUUCGUGGGGACGUCUUUGGUGGUUGCAGCUUUUAAUUACACCGGCGGUUACUUCAAUCCUGCACUGGCGACUUCUUUAAAAUACGGUUGUCUGGGAACCUCAUCUCUGGAGCACGUGAUAGUUUAUUGGAUUGGAGCGUGCAUCGGAUCCAUCGCCUCCUUGCGCGUGUACCGUAUGCCGUUUGUACAGAAUUUCAUUCAACUUCAGGAAGGUACAGAUGUCGUAUAUUCUUAGAAAAAAAAAAAUGAUUCAGUAGAAUUUUAAGAGAAUGCAAAUAUUUGUGAUUUAAUCAUCAGUACCUCUUUAGCAACGUACAAAAGUGUAACAACGUACAAAAAUGCGUGCCAAUUAAAAAACGAUAAUUUUAUACAUUCCGAUUGUCGUGUAAAUAAUUAUUCAGCUGCGCGCAGUUCUGAUUACAUUUCGGAGUCAAAAAAUGGUUGAGCUUAAUAAAUAUUUUAAAAAUAUUAUGUAAUAAAUUAAUUGAUAUUGAAAAUUACUUAAUCGAUGUUGCAUUUUUACUUUUGCGAUCUUUUAUGAAAAAGAAACUGAUGACUGCGUGAUGUGUAGUUUAGGGCAGAAUACAAUAGAUAAAAUAUAUAAUAAGAUAUUUUUUUAA